AUGUUUUGUUGUGAUCGUGGAACAUUGAAAACAUUAAACUCAGCUUGAAAAUAGUUUUGCUGCAGCACUUGUUCAGCCACAAUUAAACGGAUGCACCGGUUAUCAGAAAACCAUCUAUUCGACAUAGAUGGAAGCGUUCUGGAAGGCGGCGGUCAGAUCUUGCGGAUGGCAUUAUGUUUCAGCGUGCUCACCAAAACGCCGGUACGCAUACGCAACAUUCGACAAGGUCGUAAAAAACCUGGACUAGCAGCACAACAUCUGGCCGGUGUGGAGCUGAUGCGUGAGAUCUGCCAAGGCCGGGUGCACAAAGCUGCACUCGGGUCAACGGAGAUCGAAUUUUACCCCGGACACAUCGGACAUGGACGGUUUGUCGGGCACAUACAGACUGCAGGAAGUAUAGCCUUGUUGCUGCAAGCAGCACUACCCGUGGCCAUAUUUAGUGCCGGCCCAGUAACGCUGGAUUUGCGUGGUGGUACAAACACGGAUCUGGCACCACAGGUGGAUUUCUUGACAGAAAUAUUUCGACCCAAUAUGGAACGAUUUGGUGCCAGCUUUGAUUUCGACCUGAUGCGAAGGGGCUACUUCCCCAAGGGCGGAGGACAAUGUGUGGUGGAAGUAAGGCCAGUACAAUCACUACGCCCCAUCAGUUUGGUAGAGGUGGGCACGGUGUGCAGAUUCUUUGGAUGGAGUUUCGUCGCUGGGGUAUUACCGUUGAAGAUUGCACAUGAAAUGUCCAGUGGCGCAAAAUCGAUCCUCAACCAAAUCGCCGGCAGCAGAGCAGACAUUGAAGUUUAUAAAGAAAGUGUAGACAUGGCACCGGAGGGAAACUGUUCGGGUAUCAUUGUCGGCUGUGAAACGAGCACCGGAGCCAUCCUUGGCGGUUCCGCACUCGGUGAGGCAAGGAAGAAAAGUUCGCAAAGUGGCGAAGAAGCAGCACGUGAAAUUCAUAGCGCCCUGUCGGCUGGUGCCUGUGUGGACCGACACGUGCAAGACAUGAUGGUUGUUCUAAUGGCGCUGGCGGACGGGACGAGUCGCAUUCGCACCGAACCAUUGACGAUGCACACCAAAACUGCAAUCUAUGUGACGGAGUUAAUGACGAAGGCUAAAUUUAACAUAAUUGAAGAAGACGGCCGAAAUGUGAUCAUCGAAUGCGUUGGCAUCGGUCUGCGUAAUGUAAAUCUUCUUACUAAUGCAAGAACGCACUGA